CAACGCAGUGUUAGAUAUUAUCUGUGACACCUGUUAUUAUGAACAUGUAGAGUGUAAAGGGGAGGGGUUGUCGAGAUUGGAUCAUAAGUCAGGAGAGUCAGAAGCGAAGUUACAGUCACCUGGAACUUCUUGAAAGGAAUCAUGGUCUGGCUUGCUCUACUGUGUUGUGCUCUGCUUGGCGUGACCAGCAGCUCCGAGCUCAUGAUUCGACGGAGAAGGUCAUGGAUCAUUGACAGCUUUACUUUGGAAGAGGGGCACCCAGGCCCCUUCCCCUAUGAACUUGGCAAGAUUAAAGUGGAGAGGUUUUACCAAAUCACUUUUGAAAUCUUUGGCAUGGGAGUGGAUGAGCAUCCAGAAGGGGUCCUCACCAUAGACAGCACGACUGGCAUCCUCAGUGCCCACAAGUCUGUAGACUAUGAGGAAUUGAAGACACUCAAGCUGAAAUUAUUGGCCUCAAAGGACGAUAAAACCCUGGACACAAAGUUAGGAAUUGAGAUAGCGAUAUUGGACAUCAACGACAACCCACCGCGCUUUUUAAACGACCUGUAUGAAGUCACCGUCGAGGAAGCUGUAGCUCAAGGAACAAAUCUCCUGAGUGUGUUGGCAAAUGACAGAGACCAACCCGAAACACUUAAUUCCACCUUCCACUAUGAGAUCGGGAUUGUUUCCCCGAAACCACCCAAUGCCGAGUUUGUUAUGGGGCUGUCUGGUCAACUGUCAUUCAGGGGUUGUUUGGAUUAUGAGGCGGGGGAUGUGUACAAAGUGUUGCUGGUGGCUAAGGACCAUGGUGAAGUGGUGAGUUUGUCGAGUACCACAACAGCCCUGAUCCACAUCCAGGACGGUAAUAAUCACCUUCCAGUCAUCACCGGAAAGACAGGCACUAUGACUGUGAAAGAGGGGGAGACUGGCGUGGUUCCCCUUCGUCUGCACGUCGCAGACAGAGACCUGGAGCACACGCCUGCAUGGAAUGCCAAGUACACCAUGGAAGGCGACACGGGAGGGAACUUCAAGGUGGAAACGGACCCAAUCACCAACGAUGGAAUCCUCACAGUCUUAAAACCCUUGGACUUUGAAGAGGUCACAGAGAGGGAGCUGCUCUUCUCAGUAGAAAAUGAGAUGCCGUAUUACUCGUGUAAGGUUAAAGCAAGGCCCACGUCCGGCCUGUGGGAGGUCGACACCAGUGGAGGUGCAGCCGGCCCAGUGGGGGCGGGGCCAAAGCCGGACUCCCUGAGGGUCACCAUUCAGGUGGAGGACAUCAACGACCCCCCGAUGUUCACAGUGCUGGUCCACGAGGCCGGGCUGGUGGAGAACGUGGCCAUCGGUACCUACGUGCAGACGGUCACUGCUGUGGACCCUGACUCCAGUCACGCCAGAGACUUUGUGUAUAAGAUAGGUAAAGAUCCAGGUGACUGGCUGAAUGUGGACCAACAUACAGGCGUCAUUACAACAGCCAAACGCCCAGACAGAGAAUCCCCCCAUGUGGUUGACAACAUUUACACUGCAAUCCUCCAUGCAGUGGACAGCGGCGAGCCCCCUAUGACAGGCACGGCUACAUUGCUUCUCCAUGUGUUCGACCAGAACGAUAAUGCUCCGACGCUCUCAGUAAACGACGUGGUGGUGUGUAUCGGCGACGGCCCCACCAGCACCAACCUCACGGCCCUGGACCCGGACGAUGUGCCCUUUGGAGGACCUUUUGCAUUUGAACUCCUGGGAGAGGUCGAGGGGAAAUGGAGCGUGGAUCCCUUACAUGGCGACAAAGUGAACCUGGUGAAAGAAACUAUUGUGCAUUCUGGCAUACAUAUGGUGGAGCUCAAGAUAUCGGACCUACAAGGCGCCUUUGCCGUAAACAACGUGUCUGUGACUGUGUGCGACUGCACGGCCACACCAUCCUGCAGGGAGCGCAGGGCCUCUUCCUCCACCGUUGGCUUUGGAGCAGCUGGCAUCUUGUUCUUUGCCCUGCUUGUACUCAUGAUUACACUGAUGUUAUCAUUCUUGAUGACAUGCAAGAAGGAUUUCACCUUUUUGAAGACUGAUCUGCCAAAUGGAGAGUCGCUACUCUCAUCCAACGUUGAGAUACCAGGAACAGAUUGCAAGAUACCUACCAUACCACCUACAAAAUCCUAUCUACCGGUACAUGAUUUCAGUGAAAUAAUGCAACGCACAUCCUCAUUCAAGGCCGUGGAAGAAAGCUUCUAUUACCAAGAUUACUGGGAGCAUAAUCAAAGACAGAGCACACACAUGUACCAAUACCAAGAAGGCUCAGCCAAGUCAGGCUUCCUGUCAGAUGGAGGCCUCCAGAAACUGCUUCAACAGAGAAUGCAAUGUGUCCAGGCCACGGAGGAUGAUUUGAAUGACUAUUACCCACACCUGUAUGCUGAUGAGGGGGAUGAUGCAGACCCACACAAUGACCUAGAAAAGAUCCACAUUUUAGAAGCAGUCUUCGAUCAUGGACAGCUUGAUGACCUUGACCCACGUUUUAAGGGACUAGCAUCAGUUUGUACACCAGCACAAUAGGGAAUAUGUUUGAAUCAACCUCUACAAUCAUAUUUUCUCAGUUACCUGGUAACGUUUUAUACAAUAAUGCAAGCUGCAUCUGUGUAUAUACACACACUACAUUCUAGACUCAGUUACGCUUUUCAUCCAAGUUGUGUAUAGAUUUUGACGUUAAACCAGAAUGAUGUACAGCUUAUUCAUGCAUGUAUGACAAUGUAAAUAAAUAUA